AGAUCUAUCAUUUCAUUUUAACUAGCAACCCUAGCGCGUCACGUGACGACACUAGGAACAACCUAAAGUCUUGUUAGUCUUAAAUCGAUUAGCCAUGGCACAGAUAUUACAAGUUGGUUAUUUGGCCCUCAAGGCAUUCACUUAGUAUAAUGGCACAAUGAGCUGAUAGAAAUUCACACAAGAAUUCGCAAAAGCUGUAGAUGAUGAAUAUCCUUUUUGAAAGUUGAAAAGCUUGAGAACAGAUGCUCACCUGCCAGGGACGAUGACCAGUUCGCGCCAUUUCGCUUUGUUGAUAUUAGGAUGUCUCGGUACGCAGCUGGGCGCACAGAAAGGUUGGUACACAUGUUCUCGUUGUUCAAUGGCUGGAGUAGUACAAACAUAGCGCAGACUUAAAAGAAAAUGAACGUAUUUUUUUGGUCAUUUAGCUGAUUUGCUAACAAGCUCUUUAAAAUGUCUGUGGCUUCAAAAAAAUAGAUCCGAAUACAUUCAAGAAUAUAUUUUAACUAUAUUGGCCAGAUUAAAUGCUGAAGAAUUUUUAGUUAGAACUUUAUUUUCUUGUAGCUACUGUUAAAUAAUACACACACACACACACACACAUAUAUAUAUAUAUAUAAGUUAAAAAAUUUAAGAAUUUGUUUCGAUUUUUCUUCCGGCUGUUGUAACUUGAUUUUUAGGACUGCAUGUUGACACUGUGUCAAAAGCUGAACUAACCUUAUGAAUUAUGCUUGAAAACUUUCUUUAAAGUUAUUUUAAUUAAUUUAUUUCUAAAUCAAUAGUUUUUUCCCCCCAGUGGUCCAAAAUUGACCGCCCCUUCUAUGCUUAUUUUCUUUGGCCAUUAAAAAUAUUGAACUUGACAUUAAAUUCCUUCACCACAUACAUAUUUUGUGAUAGGCAAAUUUUGGUUUUGAACAACUCAACUUCUGUUUCAAACACACGGUUUUCGUUUCCAGAGAUAGAGAGAACUACAUCUUCACCAUAAUCUUCAAACGAAUCAUUUAACCGAAGCGUCCAUGUAAUUGUCCUGUUGUCCUGAUAUCCUGUUGUUUUGUUCCAAAGCCCAAACAUGUCAUGCUCCGUUAUUUAAUUCAAUAUUAGAAGCCUGAAAUUUGUUUUUUUUUUACUGGACACCAGGCUUGGGACUGAUGCCCGACAUCAAGACACUGUUGGAAGAAAAGGCAUCACUUUCUCUCACAUAUCCUGUGACAUCACUUUCUAUCACAUAACCUGAGACAUCACUUUCUCUCACACAUCCUGUGACAUCAAUUUCUCUCACAUAUCCUGUGACAUCACUUUCUCUCACAUAUCCUGUGACAUCACUUUCUGUCCCAUAUCCUAAUACAUCACUUUCUGUCCCAUAUCCUGAGACAUCACUUUCUCUCACAUAUCCUGUGACAUCACUUUGCUGUCACAUAUCCUGAGACAUCACUUUCUCUCACAUAUCUGUGACAUAACUUUCUCUCAAAUAUCCUGUGACAUCACUUUCUCUCACAUAUCCUGUGACAUCACUUUCUCUCACAUAUCCUGUGACAUCACUUUGCUGUCACAUAUCCUGUGACAUCCCUUUGCUGUCAAAUAUCCUGCGACAUCACUUUCUCUCACAUAUCCUGUGACAUCACUUUCUCUCAUAUAACCUGUGACAUCACUUUGCUGUCACAUAUCCCGUGACAUCACUUUCUCUCAUAUAUCCUGUGACAUCACUUUGCUGUCACAUAUCCUGUGACAUCACUUUUUCUCACAUAUCCUGUGACAUCACUUGCUCUCACAUAUCCUGUGACAUCACUUUGCUGUCACAUAUCCGGUGACUUUACAUUCUGUCACAUAUCCUGUGACAUCACUUUGCUGUCACAUAUCCUGUGACAUCACUUUGCUGUCACAUAUCCUGUGAAUCACUUUAUGUCACAUAUCCUGUGACAUCACUUUCUUUCAGAUAUCCUGUGACAUCACUUUCUGUCACAUAUCCAGUGUCCUCGCUUCCGGUCACAUAUCCUAUGAAACUUCCGUAAGCACUAAAUUAUUACUAUACUUACUCUAAGAUUUUACAGCCUGGACUUAAGAUACUACCUUUGUUUUCUCUCAACUUUCUCUACAUACUAGGUUUUAAUAGAAUGGUCGAGUUCAAAAUAAUUACAAAUUUUGUAUUUGUUUGUCUACUUUGCCAGCUCUUCGUGUAUUUAUAGCUGAUUAUUUUAUGUUUGUAAAUAUAGCUCAUUAGGUCAUGAUUGUAGGUAUAGCUCAUUAGGUCAUGAUUGUAGGUAUAGCUCAAUAGGUCAUGAUUGUAGGUAUAGCUCAUUAGGUCAUGAUUGUAGGUAUAGCUCAUUAGGUCAUGAUUGUAGGUAUAGCUCAUUAGCUCAUGAUUGUAGGUAUAGCUCAUUAGUUCAUGAUUGUAGGUAUAGCUCAUUAGGUCAUGAUUGUAGGUAUAGCUCAUUAGGUCAUGAUUGUAGGUAUAGCUCAUUAGGUCAUGAUUGUAGGUAUAGCUCAUUAGGUCAUGAUUGUAGGUAUAGCUCAUUAGGUCAUGAUUGUAGGUAUAGCUCAUUAGGUCAUGAUUGUAGGAUUAGCUCAAUAGGUCAUGAUUGUAGAUAUAGCUCAUUAGGUCAUGAUUGUAGGUAUACCUCAAUAUGUCACGAAUGAAUGUAUAUCUCCUGGGGGCUUGGUAGUAUGUAUAGCUGACAGGGUUAGGAUUGUAUGUAUAGCUCUUUUGGUCAUGAGUGUGCGUAUAGUUCAUUAUGUAAUAAAUGUAUAUAUAACUCAAUGUGUCAUGAUUGUGUUUAUAGCUCAAUGGGUGCUGAUUGUAUGAAUAGCUCAGGCUGUCAUAAUUGUAUGUAUAGCUCAUUGGUUCAUAAUUGUAUGAAUACCUCUUUAAGUCAUUAUUGUAUGUAUAGCUCAUUGGGUCUUGAUUCUAUGAACAGCUUAUUUGAUCAUGAUUGAUUUUCAUUUAAUCUUGUCACUGCAUAUUUUCAGUGUGGAUAUCCAACAUUUAAAUGUCCUUUCGAAAUCUCUCCAUCUAAGUCUCCCUAACUGGCCUUCUUAAACUCCUCGUAUAACCUCUCGUAUUCUCUCAUAACCUAUUUUUAGAUGUUCUAAAUCCCGAGACGCUAGACUUAUAUUUAGCGUUGACAAGGUUAAACGUAGAGCUUUUACUCCUCUUUACUCGUUCAAGUGAUAACAAACAAUUACACCGUGAAAAUAUAGAUUAGCCUUUCGAGUAACAAAUUUAUGGUAGAAAAUUUCAAUUUUUAAAAUAAAACAUUUUCUACUCUCAGAAUGUGAGCAGCUACACUACGGUGCCGACUGCCAGAAUAUUUGCCACUGUAAAGGUUCCUGUGGUGUAGAUGGUAGCUGUGUUGGCGGAUGUUCGUCAGGAUGGUUCGGACCCCAAUGUCGAUAUGGUCAGUGCAUGACGAAUAACCUUAAUCAGAAACUCUGAGCAACGAGUCUAACACUUUUAACAAUUGACAUUAGCCUCUAGUUUCCUAAAGCAUUGAACCGUAAAUUAUAUUGUCUUCUACCUUCAAUGUCUUGACUGUCCCCAAACCUUAGCCCACAUGAUUAACUUAAAAAUGACUGUUCACAUUUUUCACGCAACUUAAAUUUCGUCUUGAUACCAUUGAUCCAUAGAAGGACUAUCAGCAAGCUUCAUAAUACAUUAACACUAUAGAAUACAAUAAAUUAACCAGAUAAGUUUCAAAGCAUGAGAAUCGACGCUCAGUUCCGAGCUAACAAAACACCAUAACGUAGAUUCUACAUUGCCGAGCCCGUCUCACACUACUCUAAGUCCAUGAUGUUGACAUCUUUAUAUAUUAAAGCAAUAACAUUUCCCUCCACAGAUGACUUGUCAAUCAAAUCUGUCACAGAGGAACCGAGAGAUUUCACGCUGGUGGAUGGCGAUGACACAACGUGUGUGAACCACACUGAUCAGAAAAUAGGGAUACGUGUGAUUUUUGACAAACCUAUUGCGGUUGUUUGGAUGACAAUCUCAUUGAAAAGCCAAGGUACUUUGGUGGUAGAAUUAAUCUAUACUCCAUUUAAGACGUCCAAAGCUCUGGAAGGGUUAAGGUGUCGGAUUGAUUAGAUAACAUUCGAAGAUACCAACCAACCACAUGCAAAGGUAUUUCUUAACAUUACCAGAUACACACCAACCACAUACAAAGGUAUUUCGUAACAUUACCAGAUACACCCCAACCACAUACAAAGGUAUUUCGUAACAUUACCAGAUACACAUCAACCACCACGUGACAAGGGAAUUCAUUAGAUACCAAGAUACAAACCAACCACACAAUAAAAUUAACUCAUAGCAUACGAAGAUAGCAAACAACCACACAAUAAAUUAAUUCAUGACAUACGAAGAUACCAAACAACCACACAAAAAGUUAAUUUAUAUUAUUCCUAGAAAACUACCAAAAAAAACAGAUAAAAGUAAUUCAUAAUAUUCCGAGAUACAAACCAAAAACACAAAUUUUUUUUUAUAACAUUCCAAUAUACCAACCAAUUUAAUAUCUAUUAAUGAAUAUGUAUUAAUGAAUGAUCGUUCUGUUUCUUGAUGCUGCUAACUGUGUUAUCCUGGACGACGUUUAUACAAAGAAAUGACUGUAAGAGAAAUGAGAGACACAAACAUAUUAUAAUAAUAAUUUGUACUUUGACCCUUUCUGAUAACCUUUUUACUGAAUCUUAACUGAUCAUGUAACAUAUUUAUUAUAUUUAAUUGGUCCUAUAAUUGUCAAAUGUCCUUGCGUCAUUGGCUCCUUUUACUUCAACCUGUUAGCCUGAUUUUAACUAAGUUAAGGAAUCUUUCCAGCGUGAUUUGGAAUAUGCGCAGGUCAAAAUUUAGCCACCAUCACUUGCCUCCCUUAUGUUUUGUUUUCAUAAUGACGUCAGCGAUCAAAUGUGCUGUGGUAUUUCUUUGAUUCUCCUCUCCCUUGAUUGGGAAAUGGAUGUUGAGUUUAGAAUGCGUUGCAUUUGUUCCACAGUAUGAUAUCAGGUGACGCCAUUUCUAGAAUUAUUUAUCAGAGGGUUAUACUUUAAUUCCUCUAUAUAAGUUGGCAGCUUUCCAAGCCUAUUGGGAAAUUUGUUGCUGUAUUUAAUAAAAUGAUACGAUAUGUAACAACCGUACAAGAUUGUACUCUUAAUAUUUAUAUUUUAAAUUUAAAUGUGUAUUUUAAGACUAGUGUACCUUUUCACUUACAAUCUUUGCGGUCGAAAAUCAAAGAUAAAUUCUAUUUCACUUAAAAUUGCAACAUGCGACAUCCGCACACUGCUUGACAUGGACACUACAAACAGACCUAAACGACGCAAGGCGCUCAUUGCCCAUGAACUUGCCAGAUACAACAUAGACAUCGCCGCCCUCAGUGAAACCAGACUCCCUGGCAAGGGUGAAGUCGCAGAAAGGCUUGCUGGCUAUUCUUUCUUCUGGAGUGGACGCAAACCUGACGCAAGGCGAGAAGCUUGAGUUGGCUUUGCUAUCAAAACCUCUCUUAUGAGCGAGCUUCCCAGCUCUCCAAAAGGUAUCAAAGACCGUCUCAUGACAUUGAAACUACCCCUUUGUCAUGGAAAGAAGGCUGCCACUUUAGUCAGUGCUAAUGCACCCACCAUGACAAACACAUAAGAGACCAAAGAUACGUGUUAUGGAGACCUGAAAAAUUUCAUCUCCUCCACACUAACUGCUGACAUACUCAUCAUACUUGGAGAUUUAAAUGCAUGCCUACUCGGACCAUCUACCAGGAAACACAAUGAGAAAAACAAAGCGAUCCAAAUGCUACUUGAAAAAAAACACGUCAGGCGUACAAGGCCUUCCAUUAUGAGCCAAUGUCAACAGCAAAGACAGCUGCGAUGAGGAGCAUCCGCAGCAAAGUACAGUUGCAAAUGCGCAAGAUGCAAGACUCAUGGCUGAGUGCGAAACCUGUUGAAUUUCAGGGCUUUGCAGACAAGAAAGACAUGAAAAACUUCUACAGUGGUCUGAAAGAAAUCUAUAGAGUUACUACCUCAGGUUCUUCCCCUCUCCUUAGUGUAGACUGUUCUACACUCAUCACAGAAAAGGAGAAAAUCUUGGAAAGAUGGGCGGAAAACUUUGCUAAUGUGCUCAAUGCGCCUUCCAUCAUUAAUGAUGAGGCCAUUGAAAGACUCCCCCAGGUCCCAACGAACAAGUGACUGGACGUUGUCCCAACUUUGGUCGAGAUACAGACAGCCAUCCGCCAAAUGUCCGAUUUCAACUUACCUGGCUCCGACAUGAUUCCUGCCGAAAUCUACAAAGAGGGUGGACCAGCGCCGACGGAUAAGCUAUUGCGUCUAUUCCAGAUCAUCUGGCAGACGGAAACUGUACCACAUGACCUCAAAGAUUCCUCAAUUAUCCACCUGUACAAACACAAAGAAACCGCCAGGCCUGCGACAAUCGCCGCGGAAUUUCAUUGCUGUCCAUUGCAGGCGAGAUCUUGGCCCGAGCCCUUCUGAACCGCCUGAAUGAAAAUCUGAAGCUAGGUCUCCUACCUGAAAAAUAAUGCGGUUUCCGCAAAGAACGCGGAACUAUCGAUUUGCUGUCAGGCAGCUUCAAGAGAAAUGUCAGGAGAAGAAUACAGAUCUAUAUUCCACAUUUAUCGACCUGAAUAAGGCUUUGACAGGGUGAACAGAGGUGGCUUUUGGAAAAUCAUUAAGAGGUACGAAUGGCCAGACAAGUUCAACAACAUCAUCCGUCAACUGCAUGAUGGCACGAUGGCAUGAUGGCCUGUGCAGGACAACGAUCAGUUAUCUGAAGCAUUCCCUUUCACAAACGGAGUGAUGCAGGGCUUCCAUACACUUCAAUAUUAUUUAUUCUGCAAUGCUGUCUGAUGCGUUCAAGGACUCCACCAUGAGCUUGACAAUCCGGUUUCGCACUGAUGGAUCCGUCUUCAACUUUAGGAGGCUUCAAGCUAAAACCAAGGUCAAACAUAACACCAUCAAUGAGCCUCUGUUUGCAGACGAUUGUGCCGUCAACGCUGCGUCAGAAGCCGCUAUGGAACACAGUGUUGAAAUCUUCUCCGAGGCCUGCUACAACUCAGGCCUCACAAUUAACACUAAGAUGACUGAGGUGUUGUAUCAGCCAGCUUCCAGUAAGCCCUACGUUGAACCCAACAUCAUCUUCAGCGGACAGCGUCUUAACGCGGAGGAUAUAUUUACUUGGGCAGCUCCCUCUCCAGAUCUGUCGUCAUGGAUGAGAAAUGAAUGCCGUGACUCAAAAACUAGUGCAGUCCUGUCAAUAUUGCUAUUCGGAUGUGAAACGUGGACAAUCUGCCAGCGUCAAGCCAAGAAACUGAACCAUUUUCACACACACUGCCUCAGAAAAGUCCCAUGCAUCCGCUGGCAAGACACAGAGGUCCUCGCUAGAGCAAACCUACCUAGUAUGAUCACCAUCCUGAUGCAGUCUCAACUCCGUUAGAUGGGACACGUAGCCCGUGUGGAAAAACUCCAACUCCCGAAAUAGUUAUUCUCUGGAGAACUCACGAUAGGCAAGCGCUCACAAGGAGGUAAAAAAAAAAAAUUACAAAGACUCACUGAAAGCGUCACUAAGGGCCUUCACCAUCAAGCAUACUCAAUGGUAGCAGACAGCCCAGGAAAGAGCCAGGUGGAGAACAUCUGUCAAGAAGGGGACUAAAUCUCAUGAAGCCAGUGUGAUAACCACAGCUGAGGCUUGCCCGAAAGAGCAGCAUUAGAUCACCGAAUGCAGCAACUAUCCCCUGCCCGCGGUGCCAGAGAUUAUUCCGAGCACGGAUCGGACUAGCAAGCAACCUACGAGCUCACCGUGACCCACCAUCACGCAUAACAGGAUGAGUCGAUGGUCCUAGUAUAUUUUGACGGACAAACAACAACAACAAAAACCUUUUCACUUGAUGUGCUUUAAGUUGAUAGCGUCUUUUUUUUGUUUAUGUUAAUGUGAAUUUGUAUUUUUAUAGAAAUUUAAUAGCAUCAUUAAAUUGAAUAUUCUUAGUAUCACUAUAUUUGGUGUCGUUUUCUUUGCACGCUUUUUUUUCAGACCUUUGUUACAAAUUGUUCAUUCUACGAGCGAAACUAUUAAAUUUACAAAAACAAAAAGAUAUACAACGUUACGUAUCGAGUGAGACUUUUGAUAUGGUGAAGCCCAUGACCUACGUCAUUAUAUGCUUUAUUUUCCUCUCCUAUCUAUAAAUAAAUUCUUAUUACAGUUCUGUAAGCUUCUUAAAACUAUGCUUUUAUGUUGCUUCUUUUUGCAUAGAGUUUCUUAUAUUUAAAUCCCAUAUAAAAUUUGAUGAUUUUACUCUACACUUAAAUCCCCUGUCAGCUUUUCAUUUACCCUAUAUCAACCAUGUAAUGGCUUUUCGAAACCGACAGAAAUCAUCCCAUCAUAAAUCAAAGGUUUUCAAAUGGUAUUUGAAAUGUUCCUGUCCAUUUCAGUUUCCCCAGAGAGCGUGGACAAACUCAACAUUCAGUUUAGAUCCGUGCAACAAAGAGAGUGGGAGAGGAUUUCUUGUAUGAACAAGAGCGUGGUGCUAGAGCCCACUGCGGUGCACAUCGUCUGUCAGAAGGUGCUGGAGUGCACAGAUGUGUUCCUUCAAUGGGACGAUAUGUGGGUCACGUGUUCAAUAUCUAUAUCUCAAGGUAGAUGUGGAAUCGCCUUUGUCAAAGUGUUGGUACAUUAUUUGGACCCAGUAAUUUUUUAAAUAUUAAUGUAGAGGCGUAGCUAAGGGUGACAUGUGGGUGCAGAUGUCCAUGGGUGCUAGACUAUUUGAAAGUGCCAAAAUGUGCUUUGAUAUUAUUGUAUUAAUGAAUUUUAUUUAAAAAUGAAUCUUGUCCCCGGACUCCAAACAAUCUAGCUACGCCUCUGCAUUAAUGUCUACAUCUAUACGAUUUAAACAUGCAGUGGACCAGAUAUUUAGACAUAAUGUGUAUAAGUGCUGCCCACAUACAGUUUAAAAAAAAAUAAAAGUUCCAAAGACGGCACCUAUUUGAUGGUGCGCACUCCAGUCAAUGCAUACUUAAGAAUAACUGCAAUCAGCCAGACCAGUGAGCAAAUUCAAGAAUGGUUCCAAAAUCAUUUUUGUUUGGAUUAGUGAACCAUUAUGUAAUGGAAUAAAUUUACUUACAUCGCUUGAGCAGUUUGAAAGAAACUAAUGUGUCUCUAAAUAAUUUUCAAGAUGUCUCACUAGAUUUUGACAUGAUAUAAUGAGAUAAGCUGUCAAUUUCUUAAACACCCAUUCAACGAUGUAAGUGUGGGAACUGUUACACUAUCCAUGAAAUUUGAAAUGAUAAUCUUUUCAAUGGUCAUUUCUCCUCAACAAGAGACUUUUAGAAUAGUGAGGGACCCAUAAGUGAGAGUGGCAGGUCAUCAUAGUUGCUAAAAAGUAUGUACUAGUCUAUUGAUUUGCGUUACAAAGUGUACCAGUGCCUAGCAAUUUCAAAGUAAACUUCAUACCAGUAUAACAUUUAAAGUUCUAAAAAUAGCCCCUAUGGUUUAUGAGGAUUAGGGCCUCAACAAGUCUAAAUCUGACCUGAGCUGGCACCAGCUGACCCUAGCUGACCAUAGUGACCAAUUUCACAUGAGUAGCCUAACAUUCUGUACGCCAUCUUGAACAGAGUGCUAUCCCGGCUUCUAUGGCCCCAAAUGUGUCAGUCAGUGCAGUGACGUUUGUUUAGGGAAGGUGUGCGAUGACAAGGAUGGACACUGUGUUAAUUGCCCGAGUGGACAUACAGGACCCCGCUGUGAAAAAGGUAACUGUCAUCAUUCGUAUAAAUGUGGUCGAGAUUGUUCUUUUUCUUCAUUAAUCGACGGCGAAGUUAAGUACAGCUGUUGAUAGCAUGUAUCAUAUGUGCAGUGUUUUUUUUCAGACUCCCGGGAGAUUGGGGGGGGGGGCGGAGAAUUAUAGAUGUUUGGGUUAGCAGUGUCAAGGGCGUUGGCGGAGGGGGUUUUCCGCAAUUUUUUUUUAUAUGGAGGGGCGGCAUUUUCGGACAACUGCGAGUUUCUAUCGUGCCACAACCCUAGCUACAUCACUUGGUAGUGUAUCUAUACGCGCCAAAACUGGCGACAGGGUCAGCUAUACUGUUAUUUUAUCGGGAAGUGUGUCAGAAAGCGAGGGAAAGGAUGGCGACUGGGUGAAAUAGGACAAGAGUUAUUUCAAAAUCCAUAGUUGCAUUUUGGCGUUUACCUGAAUUUAGUGUUACAAUCUCGGUUCAAAUCAUAACAGACGCGAAGCGGUCAAAAGAGUGACUUAAUAUUUUAUUAUACACAAUCACAAUCAUAAUACAAAAUAGCUCUACAUCUCAUGCUGAACAUACUAAUACUUGGCACUAAUGCCAUAUUAAUCUCAAUUCUUCAAUCAAUAGCGUCUGGAUAUUUUAAACGAUUUAUUUUAAAACAUUUUUAAAAUCUAAAUCCCUAGCAUUUAUUUUCAAACUGACUUUUCUGGGGUGGGGGGGUGGGGGUUGGGCAGUGCCCAGUACAGAUGCCUGAAACAAACAUCACUUGUGAACAAUGCUUUUCCCUUUCACAUGAAAAUAAUGGGUUUCAGAGUUAAGGGGGGCGUAAUAAUAAAUCUAGUCCCCGGGCGCAAGGCACCCCUCUGCAUUAAGCUUAGUUUGUUUCAGAAUGUGAGCCGACUUACUAUGGUAUCAACUGUCAGUCCAGAUGUAGCCACAACUGCUUGAAUCAGUUCUGCUCAAGGACGACAGGUCAUUGCGUCGCGUGCCCCUUGGGAAGGACUGGACACACAUGUGAACAAGGUCAGUACAACAAUAUGAUAUCACAUUGAAUUACGGCAGGUUACAAGGUCAGAGCAACAACAUGAUAUCACAUUGAAUUUACAGCCGGUUACUUAAACAUAUAAAAACUCGUACAUCACUGUUAAAAAAAUCUUGCAGCGUUUUGUUCCUAAAUUAUUGUACUAAUUAUAUAAAAAAGAAUGAUAAAAGACUACGCAGCAACAACAGACGCAUUGCGUUCUAAUGAAUUUUACGAUUAAAUUGUAGCUAUAACAAUGUAAAAAGUAAAACAGUCAAUGAAAAAAUAUAUAAAAUAACUUUUGUCACCCUGUUAGAACAUACAUGUGACACAUCAAUGUGGCUAAAAUUGCAACUCAGAGUUUCCUAUUUAUGUUUUGGCAUCUGCUACAAUUGUAAAGCUCUGAGUCCUGCAUGAGUCCUUCAUCACUGGAAAAAAAAAUGAUAUGAUUCCAUGUUGAGAUUCUCCAACUUUUGACAAAUCUAAAUUUGAAGAUGCUUAUAUAUCAAUAUAACUCUAUUUACUAUUUAAAAAAAAAAUUAGUUAACAUUUUACGAAGUUUGUCUCAUACAUUUGAGUAGUUUUCCAAAGGUUAAGAUACAACUUACAGCUGAACCUGAGGUAACAAUGCUUUACAGAUAUUGAAAUCACAUUAUUUCGAAUAAGUCUAAGCCGACAAAUAAAAAAAAAAUGCCCGCUUAAUUCAUUUCCUUAUUUCUUCACACCCAGAAACUCUCACGGGCUUGUUCAAUGACCCAUAUUCCAACGACAGCAACGUGAACAAAACACACCAGUUCAAUACAGGUAAAUAGUUUUGGCUGAACUUCCGGUGUUUGAAAGCAACAUGACAUGACACUACUACAUGACAUGACACUACAACAUGACAUGACACUACAACAUGACAUGACACCACGACAUGACAUGACAAUAUAACAUGACAUGACACUACAACAUGCCAUGACACUACAACAUGACAUGGCACUACGACAUGACAUGGCACUACACCGUGACAUGACAAUACGAUAUGACAUGACACUACAACAUGACAUGACACUACAACAUGACAUUACACUACAACAUGACAUGGCACUACACCAUGACAUGAAACUACAACAUGACAUGACACUACAACAUGACAUGACACUACAACAGGACAUGACACUACGCUAUGUCAUGACACUACCACAUGACAUGACACUACAAUAGGACGUAACACUACAACAUGACAUGACACUACAACAUGGCAUGACACUACGACAUGACAUGACACUAUAACAUGACAUGACACUACCACAUGACAUGACACUACGACACGACUUGACACUAACCUCAAACUAACAAAAAAAAAAAGAAAAAGAAUACCCGUUUUAAUGUUAUAAAAUAUAAAAAACUGUAUGCGACUGGCAAGCAAAAACUGCCCCGGGACAUUGCAUUCUUUUUUAAGCGCCCUAAAAGAAGGAAUUUUUUAACGCCCUUUCAAUGGGACAUCCAACAUGUGCUUUAGCGCCCUUUCAAUAUGACAUCCAACAUGUGCUUUAGCGCCCUUUCAAUAUGACAUCCAACAUGUGCUUUAGCUCCCUUUCAAUAUGACAUCCAACAUGUGCUUUUAGCGCCCUUUGAAUAUAACAUCCAACAUGAGUUUUAGCGCCCUUUUAAUGUGACUCUAAAAUGUGUUUAAGCCCCUUUUGAAUGUGACAUCCACAAUGUGUUUUAGCCCCCUUUGAAUGUGACAUCCAUUAUGUGCUUUAGCGCCCUUAGAAUGUGACAUGUAAUAUGUGUUUAAAUCACCCAUUUAAUGUGAUAUCCAACAUGUUUCAUCGCCUUUUCAUGUGAUAAAAAGAAAUGAUAUAAAAAUCAUUAGUUUAUUAAAAUGAAGUUUGUCACUUUCCCCUAUUUCCAAUCAAUUUAUCAUUUGAUUUCAUAAAUAUCAUAUUUUUUCAUAUGAUUUAUAAUCAUCUAAUUUUAUCAUUUGCUUUCAUAAAUUUCAGGUUUUAGAAAUGAUAUUAGAUCUGAAAUAUCUUUACAUUUUAUAACUGGUAAUACACUGUAUGUAAGGUCUCAUACUGUCAUACAUCCUUUACAUGCAGCUUCUGCUGAUGGCAGCACAGUAGCACUGAUAGUGGCAGCAGUCGUUGCGUGUGUUGUCCUAGCUGUGGUAGCAGUUGUUAUAUAUAUGUGAGUAGCAUUCAGUGUUAGCUUUAAAUAAUGAUAUAAGCAUGCGAGAAACAGAUAUUGGAUGAUUAUUAUCUGGACAAUGACUCUCUCUAAGAUCAAUUCUUGGGGCAUAUUGUAACUUCUAAUGGAAUCUAUAAGCGCUAAAUGUUAUUGUGUCAUCAAAGCCGUGUGUCUUCAAAGCCGUGUGUGAUCAAAGCCGUGUGUCAUCAAAGUUGUGUGUCAAAUUAUUUCAAUCUGCUUACCGCAUAAUAACGAUAUAAAUUAAUUCAGUCAGCGGCGCAUGUGAUCUGUGGAAGCCUAUGACGUAUGCCCUUCGUACAAUUGUGUAUUUCUUAUAGAAAUAUCUUAAUACUGUUGCGCAAUGUUCUGAAAACCAUAAUGGUGUGUUAACUCUUUUCCCGCUGCAAGGUCUAUUAAAAUCCAAAAUUACAACUUGAUUAUUUUUUUUCCCUUGAAAUAACCUGUAAACCUUUUGUCUUAUUCGAUGUCGGCUAAUUAAUAGAUUUUAAAUAUUGGCAAAAGUCCAGUCAUUAAAAAUUGAAAGUUUAUCAAAACUAUUUUUAACCAGGAGCGUAGGUUGUCUGGUCUACCAACCCCCACCCCCCUUGCUUUUUUUGUUUCUUAACAUUGAACGGCAGCAUUUUUGGUCAAAUCCAGAAUUUUUUUUUCACCGAUAACGGCGGCAAAUUCGCCGUCCAUCCGUCGGGAGUCACUGAAUGUAGCCAAUCAAUGUAUUUAACCAUCCAUGGAGAGAGGUAGUCCUGCUUGAGUGGUUAACGACAUGUCAGAAAAUGAAUUCAACCUGAACAGUGUCGAUUGCUAAUUCACACGGGUUUUAAGCUAAAUCGUCUUUAAAUGAAUUUUUUAAAGUAGCCUAUAUCAUCAUAAUAUUGAUAUAAUAUACAAAUAACAAAAUAUUGAUAUUUUGUUUCUUUUCUAGGCUUACACAUUUCAUAGUAUUCGUGGUCGCCCAUAAUUUGUAUUCCUACUUUUAAUGUUACAUUUGUUGGCCUCGAAAUGACUACAUAAGUAUGUUAAAAGUCAACACUGAAACUAAACAACAUCAUACAUCUUGUCAUUUCAGACUGCGAGAUAGACUCUGCAGGUCCUGCCUGGGACCAAGCUAUCCUAAAUAUCGUGUUUUUACGACAUCCGAGACAGACUUCUCUCCAGAUGGAAACGAUGAUACAGCAGUCAUCAUCAGCUAAAAUUUCAAUUUCAUUAUAGGACUUUUGAAUAGUUUUGAUUGUCAUUAAUUUGUGCCAAGGCUGAAUUCUGGUUACAGCAUCUUCGACGUCUGCUGUCUCAGUACAACUAUCUGGAAGCCAAACAAGGUGUUCCUACGUACAGGACGUGGGGAAGGCCCCGUAAUGUAUUUUCUGAUACCUUCUCUUGCUACAUCACAAUGUCAAUCUGAUCAUAGUCUUUUAUAUAUAAAUAUAUAUGCUUAUAUACCCCAUUAUGUACUAUGAUGGACCGCAAGUUAUACCUCAAGUUGAUAUGUCUUAAUGGUAAACAGACAACUUCAACCAAUAAAGUGUUAUACUUUUAUGUUCGUCGAUGAACAUUGGGCACAUAGAAAACGACACUAUGAUCAACAUGUGUUGCUGACAAAAAUGGAUGAAAUAUAGAUACAUUCUAAAUAUUUAAUUUGAUGAGACUGCAAUAAAUUAUGUCUAUAGAACUUUGAAUUACUGAUUUGUUUCGUAAAGGAUUCAAAGAUUAAUCAAAUCAGUAGUAAUCCAAAAGAUGACGUGUAUUUAUAAAGCAGUUUAAAACAGUGAUUGAAGCAUUUUUAUUUGAGACUAUAUUAAUAAUAAAUAUUGUCAUUUUUAUAUUUACCUGUGAAUUGAUUUUAACCAUAAUACAAAAGAAUAUCUAAAUGUAUCACUUUUCUUAAUGAUUACGAUAAAUAUUUAAGAAUGAAUUCUAUUGAAUGAAAAACUUAAAUUUAAAAAAAAACACAUUUUCAUCGGCAUAAUACAUUGAAGUUAACACGUGUGACGUCAUGUAUAUUUACUUAAGUAUGAUCCCCCUCCCCCCGGCAAAUGUCGUCUUCAAGAUUCUUCCAUUCAUCUUGUUCCUAUCCAUUCCAGCUGCCUCCAUGUGUAUACAAUACUAUGUGUUUCUGCAUGUCUUCUUUUUAUUUUCUCUCUUCGUUUUCACCUGUAGUUUCCAUGUCAGGAUAGUCUGGUGAUGUUUUCUGGGGUUUAAUGAAGAGUGUGCCCUAUCCGCUUCAUCUUUGAAGAGUGUACCACGUCCAUUUCAUCUUUUAUUAGUGUGCCCUAUCCACUUCCUCUUUGAAGAGUGUGCAUCCAGUUCAUCUUUGAAGAGUGUGCCCUAUCCACUUCCUCUUUUCUUUGUGAUGUUAUUUUAGAAACAGGUUCCUUUGUACGUUUUUCCAGUAAGCCUUGGUUGUGGGUGACGUUUGGCCAGUUCAUGGUCAGGAUCUUUCUAAGAAAGUUUUGUGAAGAUCUGUAUUUCCUGCGUGAUGCUCGCCGCUGGUCUCCAAGUGUUCGCUUGGACUGAUUUGAGAUUUGUGUCCCACACUCCAUUUUUAGUUUGUAGGGUCAGCUCCGGUGAUUCCCAUCUUUGCUUAACUAAACCUUCCCAACCGGAUCUCUUCCCUAUGGCUCAAAGUUGUGACCUUGACCUGACGGCCUUGUAGCUAAAGCAUCAUUGGCGUGGCUAGCAAAAAGGUUUGGUGAUUGGAUCAUUUUAACAUGCCUUCCAAUAGAAUUUAAUUAACAGUUAAAACACACACAUACACGCUCACCUAAUAUAUGCAUAUAAAUAUAUGUUAGAGAAAGCAUAACCCAUGCAUUUUAAACGUAAGGGCUCUUAACCUUGAUGUGCUUCAAAGUAAUAAUAUGUUGGUUAAUGAGACUGUCGCAAUAUUGGAUAAGAAACUAUGUGAGUGAUAUGCUAUACGUAUUUUGAUUGAUCAAUUCCAAUAUUUAUUUGCAUCCAAAUAAAUUACUUAAAAAGAGGAGAAAAAAAAUAUUCAUCAAAGUUGUUGUUUGGCCAUAUACUGUCUGACUGGUAUGGCAGCAACUAUUUAUCUUAUCAUCCUGGUUCCCAAUGUGUUCCCAAUAAAUUCUUGUGCCCGUGACCUUUUCUAAUCGUCAAUAUUCAAAACUAUUGCCAGCUCAAAUUGUAAAUGUCCACCCAAAAAUUUCAAG